GUUAGGUAAUGCCUCUGAUACGCGUUUCAUCCAAUCGCUAGUGUUGUCGUCUACCAUUGGCCAAAAGUCGUCUUCUCGUCUGGUCAGAGCGAGAAAAGCGAGAGAGAACAGAACGCGAGUGUCUAGAACCAGAGCAUAUAACGAUGGCAGACGCAGGCAACAGCAAGGCGCGCGAGGUGAAGGUGGUGCUUCUAGGCGACACGGGAGUGGGCAAGUCCUCGCUGGUACUGCGCUUCGUGACCAACAACUUCCGUCCGUACUCCGAGUCCACAAUCGGCGCGUCCUUCAUGUCCAAGAUGAUCGUGGUCAACGACACGCCCAUUAAGUAUCAGAUCUGGGAUACCGCCGGCCAGGAAAAGUACCACAGCUUGGCACCCAUGUACUACCGAGGAGCAGCGGCCGCCAUCGUUGUAUACGAUAUCACAAGAAAGCAAUCGCUGACGACACUGAAGAAUUGGGUCAAGGAGUUGAAGCAAUUGGGUCCUGACAAUAUUGUGAUUGCUAUUGCCGGCAACAAGAGCGACUUGGAGGAGAAACGGGAGGUGCCGGCGUCACAGGCACGAGCGUACGCCGAGGAGAUCGGCGCGUUGUUCAUUGAGACGAGUGCAAAGGAGGACACGAAUGUGUCGGAUUUGUUCAUCCAGAUCAGCCAGGCGCUGCCCACAGCGUCGGCUGAGAGUAACGCACUACCGGAGAUCGUGGACCCGUACGGAGGUGGCAAGAAGAAGUCGAGUGGCUGCUGUUAAAAAAAAGCAGAGGGGAAAAUAAGCGGAUGAACCUACCGACAGGACAGGACGAUAAACUAGCAACGGAGGCGAACAGUGGACGAGCGGUGUGUCGUGUCAAUUGCUUGGUUCGAUUUGGACGGCAGAAAGAAGUGCUGAACAAUGCGUAAACUUUUUUUUUGUUGUGUUUAGUUUCUACUUGUUUUUUUUUUACCAGUCACGUAGUUGGCGCUUGAUUUCUCGUUCGUCAUCGCGUCUGCGGUUGUCAAUUUGGCCCCGUUUGAAGCACGCCGCCAUGAUGACCUUGAUCCAGCCAGUGUUGCCAACCUCGAUCUGCAUCGGAAUCUACCGGUGUGAUAAGUUAUUUUCCGUCCAACAACAAAAAUGACUUCACUCUAGUCCUUACCAGCUGCGCGUUGGGUCGAUUGGCA